AUGCUCAGGGCCGCGGCUAAGUCUGCCCUCGGGCGCGCCCUCGGUGGCGUCGCACACGCGUCGGACGCUGCGGCGCGCUGGUUCUCCUCAGGCGCGGCUUCCGAGGAUGACGUGCCGGACGUUCCAAGGAACCUGCUGUUCCUCGGCCCUCCAGGGGUCGGCAAGGGCACCUACGCCACGCGCGUCGCCGAGCGCCUCGGGAUGCCGCACAUCGCGGCCGGCGACGAGGUCCGCCGCCACAUCCGCGAGGAGACCGACAUCGGCCUCGAGAUCAGCGGCAUCGUCAAGGCCGGGGGCCUCAUCCCAGACCUCACGAUCCUCCGCCUCGUUGAGGCGUGCAUCCACGACGCCCGCGCCGCCGGCCGCGGCUUCCUCCUCGACGGCUUCCCGCGCACGGCCAAGCAGGCCGAGGCCCUCGAGGCCAUGGGCGUGCCCCUCGACCUCGUCGUCAACCUCUCGAUGCGCGAAGACGCCCUGAUUGCCAAGUGCAUUGGGCGCCGCCAGUGCGGGAAGUGCGGCAAGGGGUUCAACGUGGCCGACAUCGACCUCCCGCCGCUCCCCGACGGCACGCCCGGCAUGAGGCUCCCGCCGCUGAACCCCCCGGGGGAGUGCAUGCCGCACAUGACGCUGCGCGAGGACGACAAGGAGACGGUGGUGCGCCGCAGGCUCGAGGUGUACCGGGAGACCGCGGGGGACCUCGAGGCGUUCUACCGCCGGCGGGGCGUCCUCAUGGACUUCCCGAUCGCGGGCGGAAUCCCCGAAACGAUGCCGAGGAUCCUUGCGGCCCUGGAGUCGUGGAACGCGGACAGCGUGCGGCGGGAGCACGCGUGA